AUGGCGGCGCAAGACACCGGCACGAAGGGUGUCAUCAAGCCACUGUUCGUCAUCCCUCAAUUCACGGCCAGAGACUAUUCGGGUUUUGCCCUCGCAGGCGCACUCUGCUGCACUGUCACACAUGGUGCCAUGACUCCUAUUGACGUCGUAAAGACACGCAUACAGGUAGACGCCGAAAUGAAAGGGCUCUCGUUAUUGUCGGGCUGGAGGCGUAUCGUGGCAAACGAAGGUCCUUCAGCACUGCUCACCGGGUUUGGUCCCACAGCGGUAGGAUAUCUGGUGCAGGGAGGCGCCAAGUUUGCGGGCUACGAGUAUUGGAAGAAACAAUUCUCCCAAAUCGCCGGGGACCAGGAGCAUGCAGUGAAAUAUCGUACCGCUAUCUAUCUGGGCGCCUCCAGUGUCGCGGAAUUCUUCGCAGACAUUUUGCUCACGCCACUUGAAGCAACCCGCAUACGAUUGGUCUCCCAGAGGCACUACGCUACUGGUUUGGUUACAGGCUUCGCGCGAUUGGCUCGCGAGGAAGGAUUUGCCGGUUUGUACGCGGGUUUCCUUCCAAUCCUUUGCAAACAGAUUCCGUACGCCAUCGGACAGUUCACCGUAAAUGAAUUCUGCCAUGAAGUCGCAUUUCGGAACAUGUCGGAAGAUACGAAGCGCAACUUGAGCGGACCCGCCAAGUUCUCUGUCGGUCUUGGGAGCGGCAUAAUUGCGGGUUUCGCUGCGGCGAUUCUCAGUCAGCCGGCGGAUACGUUGCUCUCCCAAAUCAACAAGGGCCACGGUCCAGAUGGUUCCAUGCCGCAUCGUUUGAAAGUACUCGCUCAGCAAGCUGGCUUCCGGGGUUUGUUUGCAGGUCUUGGUCCCCGUAUGGUGAUGACAGCAGGCCUCGUAUCUGGCCAGUUCAUACUGUAUGGAGCAAUCAAAGAUGCCCUUGGCGCACCCCCAGGUUUAGAGAUUCACAAAGAGUAG